AACUUGGAGGGUGGCGAACUACAUAACCCCACCCCCACCCCGCCUCCGCCAGGGGCUCGCGUCUUUGCUGGGUUCAACCCCAGACGCUCAGGACUGGUGGAGGCGGGCUUAUGCGCGCGGAAGCACGAGGAUUGGGUCUGGUGUCGUGGGCGGGGUCGCGCAUGCUCAUUUGGGCAGUGGGCCUGGAGCACUUCAAGAUGUCGACCACGACGGUUCCGGAGCUGAAACAGAUCAGUCGGGAAGAAGCAAUGCGCUUGGGGCCCGGCUGGAGUCAUUCAUGCCACGCUAUGCUGUACGCCGCCAACCCCGGGCAGCUUUUCGGACGUAUCCCUAUGCGUUUCUCAGUGCUGAUGCAGAUGCGCUUCGACGGGCUGCUAGGCUUUCCCGGGGGUUUCGUGGACCGGCGCUUCUGGUCGCUGGAGGAUGGCUUGAACCGGGUGCUGGGCCUGGGCCUGGGCGGCCUACGGCUUACCGAAGCUGAUUACCUGAGUUCACACCUGACUGAGGGGCCACACCGUGUGGUGGCACACCUGUACGCACGGCAGCUGACAUUGGAACAGCUGCAUGCUGUGGAGAUCAGCGCUGUGCACUCACGGGACCACGGUCUGGAGGUCCUGGGCCUUGUACGUGUCCCACUGUACACACAGAAGGAUCGAGUAGGAGGCUUUCCUAACUUUCUGAGCAACGCCUUUGUCAGCACUGCCAAAUAUCAACUUCUAUUUGCCCUUAAGGUACUCAACAUGAUGCCCUCGGAAAAGCUGGCUGAGGCCUUAGCCUCGGCAACAGAGAAGCAGAAGAAGGCCCUAGAAAAGCUACUCCCACCCUCAUCCUGAGGUGCUUCCUGCGCAGGUCCCUGCCCUCCCUUGGCUGUCUUUGCCCACAGGCCCUGGAAUUCCCAAGACGCGUGCCUUCUAGUGUGUUUGGUUUUGCAUCCCUUCUGACUGCAAGGGACAUGCAGGCAGCUGUUCAUCAUUACUGUCCCAAGCAGUCCCUGGGACCUAGCUACCCUCUCAGGUUGGUCAGUGGGGGUGGGCCUGGGCCUAGCUUUUCAAGCUGAAGAUGUUCUCCCCCAUCCCAGGGCUCAGACUGUCCUGUGUGAGUCUGUUCAUGACUGGUGGAGUCCCAGCUACAGCCCCUUCUUCCAAGACAACCACUUGGUUGGAACACAGAUCCUGGACUGGCCAUGGGCUUUGUCCAACAGAGAUGACCCAUGUUAGAUCAGUCCUUCCUUCCCUUAGCCCAGAACCUGAUCCAGCUUGGGGUAGGAUGGUCAUUUGGGUGGUUGUUGGAUUUCUCCGUUAGAUUUUUUUCUUGGUGUAUGAACUGUGGUUUGGUUUCAGAAUGGCUGUGCCCCACAUGAUUUUGUUUUCCCCAUGGGGGCUUUGGCUCAGCUCUGUGAAACUGAGGAAGGAAGAAGUCAAUAAAAAAGCCAUUCCUCUGAUGCUCACGUUGCU